GCAGAAAAAAAUUAGCAACAGGCAUUAAAAAGUUGGCAAGAAAAAACACUGAAGAACUAGAUGAACAGGAGAAAAUCAUUAUAUAUGUUCUUCUUCAUCAGCAGAAGGAUGGAAGAGGGCCAAAGGGAGAAAAGAACCACAUUGUUUACAAACUGAAGCAUCUCUCUGUUUACACAAUCUUGCUGAGCCUGGCAGCAGCCAGGGCGUAACCCAGGUCUAAUAAUACCGGACAGAAGAGCACAGUCUUGCAAGGCAGCAGCAUGCACUUUUUUAUCCUCUCCAAUGUGUUAAUUUCAGGGACGGUUUUACUAUUCCAAGUGGGAUGUUUUGCUUCAAUAGAUGAGAAAUUAUUGGCAGUCCAUUUUGAGUACCCUGGCCCAGCUAUUAGUGAAAGAGACCUUCCAAUAUGCACAUCCUAUGCAGUCUGUAGUGUGCUGCACAAGCGGUUCUGGAUGUCUCCAAUUGUACAGAGAUUGUGCAGGUGCUUACGGGUAGAAUGUCCUUACGAAUGGUCGGACUAUCCAGAAAAUAAAACCAUGCACCUUGACAACAGAAGUCAGUUGAAGUUUUGUGAUGAUGUGAGUGAGUUGUCUGAAUGUGGCCAAAAUAAGCUAGCCCUUACAGUGGCCAUAACAACGACAGAGUUGGAAUCAACUCCUGUGAGCCCCACCCCAACAGUUGAAGAAGAAAGAAAAUUGUCAGUUAAUGUGUCAUGUUUCUGCCCAUCUGCAUUUGCCUGGGAAGAGCAGCCUCAGAAACAAGUGAUUCAGAAUCCAGAAAAUGGAACAAUCAUAGUCACUCAAUACAUGUGCAAACCGAUGCAAAAAUGUUCAAGUUCAGAGUUUUGCGGCAACAUUCGAGCUGAUUACUUUUCCACCUACUACCGAUGCUCAUGCCCAAUAGGGCACAUGUGCUUGAACAAAAAUCGCACUAUGAUCAAGGGCAAUGAGUUGUUGUAUGAAGGGCAAGUUUACCAAGCCUUCUGCUACCCACAGUAAGGAUUAACCUUUUUCUACUGCUGCUAAUUAUUGCUUCUAUAGAUGUGUGCUACUGAUAAGAUGUUUGAGAGUAAACUAAAAUAAACAAACCUGUGCAGACUG